GCAAGAAAUAAUAAAAAAUCUCUUUCAUCAUGGUUAAAGUAUGGAAAUUGGGUUUGAUGAGUUACGACACGGCGCUGAAAAUACAAACGGCGCUAGCUAGAAAGCACUUGGAUGCUAUAUUGAAGGGUCAAGACUCUCUCUGCGACACUCUAUUACUCGUAGAACAUAAACCGGUCUUCACUGUAGGAAUCAGAGAUGACACCCCAAAAAAUGAAAUUAUGCGGCUCCGCACUCUUGGAGCAGAGUUUAGGAAGACUAACCGAGGCGGACUCAUUACCUUUCAUGGACCGGGCCAGUUGGUUGCUUACCCGGUGAUAAACUUGAAGCAUUUCAAGACAAGCGUCAAAUGGUAUGUGAACAGCUUGGAAGAAACUGUCAUCAAUGUUUGUGAUGAAAUAGGUAUUAAAGGCACGAGAUCCCCAUACACUGGAGUGUGGGUGGAUGACAAUAAGAUAGCUGCUAUAGGCAUACAUGCAUCCAGGUAUGUCACUACUCAUGGAAUCUCACUCAACUGUGACAAUGAUCUUUCAUGGUUCAACAAUAUUGACCCUUGUGGCAUUGAGGAUAAGGGUGUCACCUCACUUACGAAAGAGUCUGGAACAGAAUGGCCUGUAGAAAAAGUCACACCCAUUUUCCUAAAAUGCUUUAACAAAGUCUUUGGCUGUGAAACUGAAGAAAUUGAUUUCAAAACUCAAGAAGAAAUACUGAAUGGUGUUUAUAAAAACUUAAUGACACAAACUGUUGGUUCUUAGGAAAGAAAUAAAAUAAAUGAUUGUCUUGUUUGUCAAUCUUGUUAAAAACUUAUUAGGGGAAAUUUAUAGUGACAGUGUUAGUAUUUAUUUACAAAGUUAUUAGUUACACAAUAAAAAAAGAUUAAAUUUGUACAGUUUAUUUCAUUUCUGAAUUAAAUGAAAAGUAAAAUAAAUAGAUAAAUUAAAAAUUAAUUUAAAUAAAUAAAGAAGAAAUCUCAAGUUGGGUUAAGAGAAACAUGAUAACAGUUAGUACAUAAGCAGAUGUACAAAGUGUGUGCUACAUUUCUUCGGAACCCAACUGAAAGUUCACAAGUCAAACUAAGCAUUGUAGCACAAAGUCAAUAAGGUAACAGUAUAUUUACAAAUUGAUUUAGUUUUUGUUCUCAUAGUAUAAAAUUGUUUACCUCAAACUGUUGUAAAAUAUAUGAAAGUAUCUAUGAUUACCAUAAAGUGUUACAAAAAAUGCAAAUAGUUGUGACUAUUAUUACUCCUACAAUAAUUAAUUGCCCUAAAAUCUAACAUUACCAAUGUAGACAGUUCAGAAUAAUCCCCUAAAAUCAAUUUACGAUGAAUCAGCUUUAUAAAUUUUCAGGGAUUGUUCCAAACAUUAUUUUGUAACUACUGAUAUGAUGAGUACUCAAAAAUUGUACAAAAAAUGG